AUGGGACAAAUUCCGCAACUGAAACGUCCAGUACCAGCCCUUAUUCAGCUGAAAAACCAGUUUUCUGAUACAAUGGCUGACGGAAUCCGCGUUGCGCCCAAUCAUUUUAAAACCAAAAGUUACGAUCAGGUCAGGGUCACAUUUUCUCCAGUUUCUAUCAUAAUGCUUGACGAGUCGAAACAGGUGUUCGUGUUUGGCGGAAGGAUAUAUCUGAGAUGGAACGACCCCGAUGUGAAAUGGAACGCGAGUAAAUUCGACGACAUUGAGACUGUUUACAUGAAUACCUUCCCUGUUCCGGAUACAGCAAUUGCUAACGGAGUUGGAACCCUUAAGCUGACGAAGAACAGCGAUGUGAAGAUCACUCUGAACGGACUGUGUUCCACGGACUACAUGGAGACAUUCACCACAAGCUGCAAUGUGGACCCGACACUAUACCCAUUCGACGAACAGGUCUGCGAGCUGGUGCUCAUCCCUGACGGUUCGUUUACGUUAGUGACCGACGAAAUAGUCAGCAUACAGAACGAAUAUUUCACGAACAGUAGCGAAUGGGAACUUCUGAACGUCACUGUGGAGACUCGCGGCUACGAAGUCCAUGGGGCAGAAGUGAACUCGUCGGUCUUUAAAUUCCACCUAAAGCGACAGAGCACCUUCCACAUCGUGACGGUCCUGUUCCCGAUGUCUCUGCUCUCCUUCAUGAACACGUUUGCGUUCCUGCUGCCUUCUGCGUCUGGCGAAAAGGUGUCGUAUCUGGUGUCGAUAUUCGUCUCGUAUGCCAUGUUUCUGAAUUUCAUCUACGACUCCAUGCCAAAAUCAGGGACCAUCACGAGAAUGGCGAUCUACCUCGUGCUGAUUCUCUUGCAGAGCGGGCUGGCUAUUCUGCUGUCCAUCGUGCUUCUCGCCAUGCAGUUGGAUUCCAAGGGACAAAAGGAACGCUUCGUCAGGAAAAUGGAACGUAUACUGUUCAUGCUGUUUUUUGUCUUUGCUUCAGUUUCUUUAGCAGUUUUUUUCUGA